AGAGGGGGAUUUUCAAUUCUGCAUCCUUUUACUUUUUUUUUUACUUUUCGCAAACAGGUAUGGAGUUUGAAUUGAUAACCAAUCAGCAUGAUAAUCUACCUUGUUCUGAAGCGUCUUGUUUGUCUUGAAGUAAAAGUAACUAUGGGAUCUCUGUUGACGUUGGUACUAUCUCAGUUUGCGCCUUCUGUCACAUAGUUGAAUGUGUCUGCCUAAUGUAUUCCUUUCACUUCAUGUAUUGUUCUCGAAAGAAGCUGUUAUAUACAGUACAAAAAACAAGCCAUAUUUAUUGUCACGCGCCUGUAUUGGCUUCAACACAACACCACUAUAAGCCAUUGUUAUUAUCAACCGGCUUGACAGUGGCUCAUCAUCAUGAAGCCACUGAAGUUGCUUUACCUUCCGUACUUGCUUUUAAUGAACAGAUCAUCCACAUUAUUCACAACACAGGCCUACCAUGGUGGGCUACUAUUGUCUCUAGUACCAUACUGCUACGUUCUUGUUUGACGUUUCCGAUUGCCGUCUAUCAACAACAAAGCAUAGGCAAGAUGAUCAACCUUGCCCCCAUGGUCCAAAGCUGGGGAGAGACACUCAAGACCCAAGUCGGUAAACAGUCUGUUCGUCAAGGCUGGCAUUAUACGCGAUACCAAGCUGAACUUCAAAAGAGAUAUAGUCAGAAAGUAAAGGAGAUCUAUGCGCAUUAUGGCUGCUCGCGUUGGAAAUUGUUACUGUUGCCUUACAUUCAGAUCCCAUUGUUUGUCAGCAUGUCACUCUCAUUAAGACAUGUGGCUGCCAUGCCAUUGCCUUGGUGGGGACAAACAGCAGAGACACCUGCAUCAGGCUUAUCCGAUGAAGGGCUGGGUUGGUUUAUGGAUCUGACAGUGGCAGAUCCUACCAUGAUGGUGCCUUUCUUGAUUGGUGCAGGUAACCUGAUUAAUGUAGAGUUGAAUGCUUGGUAUGCAAACAAAGCACAGAGUAAGAAGCAAACCAUCAUCACCAAUGUACUUCGAGGCGUUUCGAUCGCAUUUGUGCCUAUUGCAGCACAGACACCCAUGGCCAUUGGCUUGUAUUGGCUAUCUUCUGCUUGGUAUAGUGUAGCUCAGAAUCUUGCGUUUAGACUACCUGCUGUUAGAACUGCUUUAAAAAUGCCUUUACUAAACAAUAAAAAGCCUGUGGAUCAUUAGAGAUGAAGAAUGG